AUGCCGAGAGAAUCUCUGACUAGAAAAAGGAAAACUGCUGUUCUGCAGAACAACGUGGCCGUAGGAAAGAAGGCUAGACGAAGUGAAUCACAGGUAUGGAUGUUUUCAUAACGAUUUUCUACAUUAUUUCAAUGAGGGUCUCCAUUUGUCAGUGAUUUGUUAUAUAACUAGUAAAUUUUGUUUACAGGAUGCUGAGGAGCAGCUACAGUCUCAACCAGGGCGUCCAGCUAAUUACAGAUCCAAAACGGUUAGGAAAGAACAAUGCAAGGCAAUGAGAGAGCAGCGAUGGAGUGAUAAAGUUAGAAAUGAAAUAAGUUUAGGCAAUACAGCCGACAAUGUUCCGGAGGGACCCACCUUGAGAUCAAGUCUGCCGUACACAAAAGCUGUAAACAUGGAUCAGUGUUAUGUGGUUAAUUUGGAAAUGCUAACAACCGCUUUGAGCGAGUGUGUGAAUUGUAAACAAGGACCCCUAGAUUUACGUAAUAGUUUUAAUGUUCGCCCGGAAGGAGUGUGUCCAGUACUAAAAGUUAAAUGCACACAAUGUGAGUUUAUUAACAUCGUACGCCCGGCCGAGCAUCAUCGUACUGGAAAAAGAGGCCCUCCCACCUUCGACGCUAAUUCCCGUGCUGGGCUUGGUGCACUGCAUUGUGGAUUGGGACAUACGCAUACCUCUGGAUUUCUUACAACACUUGGUGUACCAUCAAUUUCCUCAAGCAAUUUCAAAAAGCGGGAAAGAGAAAGUGGAAAAGCAGUAGAAGAAGUGGCUAAAGAUUCUUGUAAUCAGUUUAAUGAGGAAGAAAAGCGGUUGUCCACGACUGGAAAUGAGGAAGUAGUAAAACUCGGAGUGUCGUACGAUAUGGGCUGGAGAAAGCGAGGACGUUGUCACGACUCGUCGUCAGGAGGGGCACAGCAGUGGGGUUACAUACCGGAAAAGUCAUUAGUUAUGCUACUCGCAAUAAAAUGUGUAGGGUUUGUGACGAAGCGGAGAAAAAGAAUAAAGAAGCAGAAAGCCACGACUGUCGAAAAAAACCACGAAGGAUCCUCGAAAAGUAUGGAGGCAAACGUAGCAGUCGAGCUUUUUUCAAGCGCCCCGAAAAGUGGAGUGAUUUACUCGACUUAUGUGGGAGAUGACGACAGGUCACAGAAAACCAUCUCAAAACGCUGGUUAACUACGACAUUGAUAAAUGGAGUGAUGUGAAUCAUGCAAGUCGUACACUGGGAACGAGAUUAUACAUGGCUAAAGGAAAGAUUAAAGGGUUGACUCCUAACGUGAUAUCCUACAUCCAAAAGAGCUUCACCUACUGUGUUAACCAAAAACAAGGGCCAGCCAUCCUCAUUACUCGAAGGGCUCACCUCUAUCGUACCACACGCGUUUGGCAAACACGAUAA